AUGAAGUAUACCAUUGUGGCGUCCUUCCUCGCCGUCCUUGCGGUCGCCGAGACCGUCGAUCAGCUCGUUGCGCAGAUUCCCACCUGCGCAGUCACUUGCAUUCGUGACGGUGCCCAGUCUGUCAACUGCGACGUGGAAGAUUUUGCCUGCUCUUGCGGAAAAGUGACGCAGCUUACAGCCACGGUCGUGCCCUGCCUUGCCUCGUCCGGCUGCAGCUCAGCGGAUCAAGCCACGGUUCUCCAGCUCGCUACUCAGAUCUGUGCACAGGUCGGCUCAUCGUCCGCCUCGGCCGGCUCCGGCACCGCCGCCGCGACCACUUCCACCGGCACCAAGACGUCUUCAUCUUCCUCCCACAGCGGUACCGCAACAGAGGCUGCCGUCGCCAGCACAACGUCACCAGCCGCCGCCGGCGGCCGGGCUCAGGUCGCUGGCUGGGCUGGAGCGAUCGCCGCCGCCGCCGCUUUCGCUCUCUGA